AUGAGAGCACUUCAUUUUGGCGCUGGAAAUAUUGGACGCGGAUUUAUUGGCAAGUUAUUGGCCGAAGCGGGAUACGAUGUAGUAUUUGCCGAUAUUGUUCCAGACCUGAUCAAUGCGCUGAAGGAGCGCAAGCAAUUUGAAGUUCGCAUCGUUGGUCAGACCGGAGAAAAGCGAGAGACUACUAAAAUUAGUGGAGCAGUGUUUAGUAAUACUGAUGAAGUUUUGGACGAGAUUGUCAAGGCCGACUUGAUUACCACGGCGGUUGGACCAAGAAUUUUGGAGCGCAUUGCGAGCACGUUUGCCAAGGGAUUGGCGAUGCGUCGCGAACAGGGAGUGAAAACCCCGGUUACAAUUAUCGCAUGUGAGAAUGCCAUCCGAGCUACCAGCGGUUUUAGAGUCCAUAUUGAGACUGCCUUUGAUCCCACCACCGCGGAGUGGGCGAAGGAAAAGGUCGGCUUCGUCGAUUGUGCUGUAGACAGAAUUGUUCCGCCAGCCCGUCACGACGACAUGUUGGCGGUUACCGUGGAGGACUUCUGCGAAUGGGUUGUGGAUGAGACUCAGUUCCCUGCCGGUGGCAAGAUUGAGAUAAACCACCCCGCAGUCGUGUACACUGAUAACCUCGACGCGUUUGUCGAGCGGAAGCUCAUGACGGUCAACACUGGCCAUGCCAUAUGUGCUUACAUUGGCAAGUUGAAGGGCUACAAAGAGAUUCGAACCAGCAUAGAGGACCCUGAGGUAUUUAAGAUCGUGAAGGGGGCCAUGACCGAGUCGGGGAACGUCUUGGUUAAAAGAUACGGGUUGAAUGCUGUUGACCACGCAAAGUAUAUUGACAAGAUCCUGAAUCGCUUUAAGAAUCCCCAUAUUGUGGACGACGUGUCGCGUGUGGGCCGUGAGCCUAUGAGAAAGCUGUCUGCCCAAGACCGAUUGAUAAAGCCGCUGGCCGGGUGUAUUGAGUACGGCUUGCCUCAUGAGAAUUUGACAAUGGGUGUGGCAGCGGCUUUGAUGUAUGACAACCCGGAGGACCCGCAGGCGGUGACAUUGCAGACAAUGGUGAAGGAGAAGGGUCGUGAGGCAGUUUUGACGGAGGUGUGCGGUCUGGACGCUCAGGAUCAUAGUUCGGUGGUGUCGAAUGUGCACCAUGCGUACCAGAAGCUUACUGAUACAAUUUCUUCGGUGUGA